AUGUCGGUUUUUAGGAUUCUAGUAUUUACUGAUUCACAUUUGGGGUACAAGGAGAGAGAUGAGAUACGGUCGAAUGAUUCGUUUGCAGCAUUUGAAGAGUCAUUGAUACAUGCCAGUAGAGCGCACGUGGAUUUCGCAUUGCAUGCUGGCGAUAUGUUUGACAUUCAGAAGCCGAGUCAGUAUACGUUGCAUCGUACCUUACGUAUUCUUUCUCAUUACUGUUUAGGAGAGAGAGAACACGAAUUCCGAGUUAUACGUUUGUUUCCUGAGGCCAUCCCGGGGGCGGAUGAGCCACCGGCGAAUGUACGGCAGGGGAGUCGGUCUCAACGAAUUUACAACUUUGAGCGAUCGGCGCAAGUCAAAAUUAAGCUGCCUUUGUUUAUGAUUCAUGGUAACCAUGAUCCGCCGCUUAGUCAGGAAGGUGGUGCGGAGGUUGUUGCGGCUGUGGACGUAUUGGAAGCCGCUAACUUGGUAAAUGACAUCGGAAAAAUAGAUGAUUUGGACAACGUUAUUGUGAGACCAGUAAUUCUAGAAAAGGGUGACACCAGGAUAGCACUGUACGGAAUAGGAUACAUAGGGGAUGAGAGAAUGAAUCGACUGUUUACUUUAAAGAAGAUCACUUUCCAGCCCGUGAGUGACGAAAAUUGUUUCAACAUUCUUCUCAUACACCAAAAUAGAUAUAAGGGACAAACGCAGGGAGGUGGCGUGCCCGCAAAAAGAUGCGUGCAUGAAGAGAUGUUACCGAGCUUCUUUGAUAUCGUUAUAUGGGGCCACGAACACGACUGCGAAAUCGAGCCCAAAGAAAGCCUAGCGGGACACUAUUACAUCAGCCAACCAGGCAGUGCUGUGUACACCAGCAUGAGGAGAGGAGAGGCUACUGUCAAAAAGAAUGGCAUCCUCGAAGUAUUUGAAAGAAAAUUCAGGUUUCAUUCAUUUCCGUUACUGACGCCUCGCGCAUUUGUGCUCAGACAGGUGGGUAUAGCCUCCCGGGAUGAUUUGUGGCAACGGCUGACUGUGGAGGCGGAGUUAGCGUUGAAGGAGACCCAUGUAUUCAACAGUGAUAGAAAAAUAUGCUGGGAUAGGAGCAUCGCGAUACUGAACUCUGAAUUGGAGUUGGAGCCGUCUUCGGUCGUAGCAAGUGACAACAAUGAUAACGGCGAUCCAGGUAGUGAGCUUGAGCAACAGAUUAGGUCCCUCAACGAUAACUCGUUGCCGCUGAUAAGAUUACGAGUCGAACUUCCUACUGAUUAUAACACUGACACUUUUAGCGCCAGCAGAUUUGGAGCAAAUUUCCAGGACCUGUUAGCAAACCCACAAGACAUGAUUCUGUUAUCCAGACUAUCGAAGGCAAAGCAAAAUCCAGGAAACGACAAGAAUCCGAACGAUGAUGUGGAAAUGCCUAAUAAUGAAGAUGGUGAUGACGACGAUGAUCCUGAAAACAUGAUCUUCAAAUAUAUGGAAGAUAAGGGAGCGCUUAAGAUCUUUGCACAACAGGAUUUAAACAACUGCGUUAAAAAAUACGCAAACAAAAUAGAUCUUACGGCUCUGGAUAGUAUGAUACGGAUCACUGUGCAGGAGUACAUAAGGACGUUGAGAAAUCUGCCAGAAUACAGUGACGAUCGCAUGCUGGAGGCUAUUGGUCAGAUGAGAGAUGCCGGAACAUCGUCUCUGCAAAUGUCAAUCACUCCUACUCCAAAUAGGGAUGCAGCAUAA